AUGCCUGAAAACAGCAUCGUGUCAGAGGGUCAAGUGCCGGCAGUGCAACAACCGGUUCAGCCUCAAUCUCAGCCGCAGUCGCAACAAAGCUCGAAGAAAAUUACUGCAGGAGAAGCAGACCUGUAUUUGGAUCAAUAUAACUUCACAACCACUGCUGCGAUAGUGGGUUCUGUGGAUCGCAAAAUAUUUGUUCUUUUGAGGGAUGGCAAAAUGUUGUUUGGUGUACUAAGGACGUUUGACCAAUAUGCUAACCUGAUAUUGGAACAUAGUGUGGAGAGAAUAUACUUUACCGAGUCGAAUCAAUACGCGGAAGAAAACCGUGGUCUCUUUAUGGUACGUGGUGAGAAUGUGGUGAUGCUUGGAGAAGUAGAUAUAGACAAAGAAGACAAACCCUUGGCGUCGAUGGAGCGCAUACCAUUUUCCAAAGCCGCCAAAAUGAAAAAGCAAAACGACAACAUAAGAUAUAAAUUAGAAGUAGAAAAGGGUAAGCAACUAGCACGCUACGGUCAACUUUACGAAUUUCACAAAUCCGAUAUGUAUUAA